CAGCAAUGUCCAUGUUUCUCACUUGUCUUGCCACAUUGUCUUGAACAAACACAAACCCCACAUGUCAAAGUUUGGAUUUUUCCAUCACCUGUAGCUUCUUCUGUUUAUUUCAUCAAAGCUCUCUAUUUUUCCUGCACGUUUCAUGACAUCCGUUGAAAACACACACUGCGAGUAGCAACAGCUAUUCAAAAGCACUUUUGCAUGUUGCUGCUUUUGCUCAUUGGUUUGCGUUGGUCCUGUCGUUUGGAGCUGGAGGGUUUCUGGGUUUUGAUUCGAUUUAGUUGUUGUGGGCUGUGCGCUGAUGGGUCCUGUGAGGGGGAUUAAGAAGAGAAAGAAGGCUGACAACAAGGGUGAGGAGAAUGCUUCUGGUUCCGGGUCAUCAGAGAAGGAAGGUCCUGUGGAUUGGUGGGAUGAAUUCUCCAGGAGAAUCAAUGGUGUGCAGUUUCCGUCCAAGGUAUUAGACAAGUUUGAAUCAGUUUUUAAGCUUUCCAGGAAAACCUUUGACUACAUCUGUUCGCUGGUGAGUGAAGAUAUGAUGGCUAAGUCAGCACAUUUUGUGUUUACAAGCGGUAAACCCUUGUCUUUGCACGAUCAAGUAGCUGUAGCCUUAAGAAGAUUGAGCUCUGGUGAGUCAUUGGUGACAAUUGGUGAUUCGUUUGGGGUGAACCACUCAACUGUGUCUCAAGUUACCUGGCGUUUUGUUGAAGCUAUGGAAGAAAGAGGACUUCACCACCUGCAAUGGCCUUCCACUGAAGCAGAAAUGACAGAAGUUAAAUCCAAGUUUCAGAAAAUACGAGGCUUUCCUAAUUGUUGCGGUGUCGUUGAUACCACCCACAUCAUGAUGUGUUUGCCUGCUUCAGACCCCACAAGUAAUGCCUGGCUCGACCAAGAGAAGAAUCACAGCAUGGUCUUGCAAGCCAUUGUUGAUCCUGACAUGAGGUUUCGGGACAUAGUCACCGGAUGGCCAGGAAAAAUGAAGGACUGGUCGGUGUUUCAGAGUUCAAACUUUUAUCAACUCUGUGAGAGAGGUGAGAGGUUGAAUGGGAAAAGGUUAGAACUCUCCACAGGAUUGGAUAUCCGGGAAUACAUAAUCGGGGACUUGGGAUUUCCUUUACUGCCCUAUCUCGUAAUCCCCUAUGAAGGGAAAGAACUCCCAGAGCCGAAAGCUCAGUUCAAUAAGCGGCAUUAUGCUACACAGAAGGUAGCGCAAAGAGCAUUGGUGAGGUUGAAGGAUAGGUGGAGGAUCAUUCAAGGAGUGAUGUGGAGACCUGACAAACAUAGAUUGCCAAGGAUCAUUCUUGUUUGCUGCUUGCUUCACAACAUUGUUAUAGAUAUGGAAGACGGGGUUCAGGACGAUAUGCCUCAGUCUCACAAACAUGACUCAGAAUACCGCCAACAGAUUUGUGGAACUGUUGACAUAAACGGCGUUCAUCUGAGAGAAAAGCUUCUGUUUUCCGAUGAGUGUUAGGUAUCAAAGACUGUUGCAGCCUUCAGUUUUAAAGUUGUUUUCGUGACAUGGUUUCAUACUGAAAAUUAUAGAGCUGAAGCCGGGUUUUCCGGAGUAUGUUUCUGAGGAUACGAUCCAAAUUGUUUUAUUGUUUAGGCAUUGUCGUUUCAAUGUCGUAAUACUCAGUAGAAAAUGUGCUAUUGUCUUUCUCUUAA